AGCCCUCCAAUAAGCAUAAACCCAUACCGACCCAGAAGAGUACAGGCAGCCAUGGCGGACCAAGAAGUGCUCGACCCCGCCGCCCCCCCGGCCCUCCACCUUCUCUCCGCCUUCCUGGCAACGGAACCGGGUGAAUCCAUCCUCUCCCUUGCGAGAGCGUGUGGAGGAGGAUCACUAACGGAGACUGUGCAGAGGUUUGUUUGGGAUCAUCUUCUCAAAACCGCUGAUGGAAAUGGGUGUGCACCAUACAUGAAGAAAUUUUUAAAGAAGCUUAUUAUGGAAAUUGAAUCAAAUCAUGGCAAUGUGUUGGAUGAAUUGUAUGAACAAUAUGCUUCUUACAUGACCUCUUUGAAGGAAGAUAAUAUUGUCAAAGAAAAUGCAAGGGUCUGCAAGUGCCUUUCCUUUCUGUUUCCUAGUGGUUGCUCUGAACUUCAGAGUUGUGCAAGGCCAAGAAAGGUGAUUGUUCCAUUGCAGUGUUCACUCAACAUGCUUGAAGGAGACACUGGGUGUUCAAUUUGGCCCUCCAGUCUUUUUCUAUCAGAGUUAAUACUUUCCUUUCCAGAUAUAUUCUCUGAAAAAUCAUGUUUUGAGGUUGGUUCUGGUGUUGGUUUGGUUGGAAUUUGUCUUGCUCAUGUAAAAGCCUCCAAGGUGAUACUAAGUGAUGGGGACUUGUCCACUUUAGCUAACAUGAAGCUUAAUUUAGAGAUGAACCAGUUGAACACUGAAACUACAUUGUCAGAAACAACUUCCGAAAAUCCAAGGGUGGUAAAAUGCAUUCAUCUGCCAUGGGAAUCUGUAUCAGAGAGUGAGCUCCAAGACUACAUGCCUGAUAUUAUUUUGGGUGCAGAUGUGAUCUAUGAUCCAUCUUGCCUUCCCCACCUUGUUCGAGUACUAGCCAUUCUUUUGAAAAUGAAAUCAUCAUUUACAAAGAAGUCAGAAGAGGGUUGUGAGAACCCCUCAAACCAUAUCAAAGCAAAUGGUGUCAGCCAAGGAAAAGAUCCCCAUCUAAAUGGUUUAGACAGAUCAAAUUCUUAUGCAAACAGUGUCAUAUCAAGCACAGGUCCCAUGGCUUAUGUUGCUACGGUCAUUCGCAAUAUCGACACCUUCAACUAUUUUCUUGAACUGGCUAACCAGGCUGACCUUACCGUAGCAGACCUAACUGGGGUAAUGAGACCCCUGGAUUUACUUCCUUACAUGCAUUCUUAUGAUCGAUCAACUAUUCGAUUAUUUUCUUUAUCAUGCAAAUGAUUUGAUUCGUGUGCUGUAGAAAUUUUGUAUUUCUGUGCCUUUUUUCAUUAGGGACAUCAACUUGGGAAGUUUUUGGCUUGUUAUAAUGAUUCCACAAUUAAUCAAUUAUUACUCUUUUCUUUUGUAUUAGACAAAGUGGUUCAAGCUUGUAGGGAAUGAAGGUUGGGGAGGAAAGCACAUGUUCAAAUUUUUGUCAUGAGAGAGUGAAAGCUUUUUAUAUAUUAAUGAUAAAGUCACUUGUAUUUC